AUGAAUUUCUUCAAUAGCGACCUGCUUGCUCCAAGCAUUAUACUUCUUGCUUCCGUCGGCGAGGUGUCAGCUCAAUGUUCCCUCCCUACCACCUAUCGCUGGACCUCAAGCGGCCCUCUUGCUCAGCCUAAGAAUGGCUGGGUCAGUCUCAAGGACUUUACUGUUGCUCCUUACAAUGGCCAGCAGCUAGUCUACGCCACGACCUAUGGUGGUGGCUGGAAGUCGAUGGGCUUUAGCCCUGUGUCAGAUCUCAACAGCCUUGGAUCUGCGACCCAGACCGCUAUGUCCGGUCUAGCUGUGGCCCCAACUCUUUUCUACUUCAAACCUAAGGGCAUUUGGGUCUUGGCCCAUCACUGGGGCCCUCACAGGUUCUCGUACAGGACUUCUAACAACCCAACCAACGCCAACGGGUGGUCGGAACCUCAUCCUCUUUUCACCGGCGAGAUUGCCAACGCGCCAUACGGUCCUAUCGAUCAAACCGUUAUCGGCGAUAGCAAGAAUAUGUAUCUGUUAUUCUGUGGCGAUAAUGGAAGAAUCUACCGCGCCAGCAUGUCUAUCAACAAUUUCCCAGGCAGCUUCGGAUCAAAUUCGCAGAUUAUCCUCCAAGAUACCGAAGACAACCUCUUCAAGGCCGUUCAGACUGUCAAUUCUGGUACCGAAAGCAAUCCGUUUGCCGGCAAGGCGAACUCUGGUGCUACCUGGACCAAUGAUAUCAGCCACGGCGAGCUGCUCCGCACCGACAAUGAUCAGACCUUCCCUAUCGAUCCUUGCAACUUGAAGCUUCUGUACCAAGGCCGCAACCCUAGUGCUACGGCUCCCGACUACAACAGCUUGCCAUACCGCCCUGGUCUGUUGACACUCCAGCGAUAA